AUAAGCUGAACAGCUUUCUAACAACCUCAUCUAAACUAUAAAAACGCUAUUGAAUUCAAUUUCUCUCGUUACUCGUUGGUAGUAAGCCUUUGUUUGACAUAAAAUGGUAUCCAAAUUUCAUCUUUUCUUGGGUAUCUGGUUACUGCAGGUCUUUGUGGCACCGAUACAGGCCGAUGGUGAGAAAAAGAAAUUGAAAAUAGUUUUGGAUAAAUUGGAAAAGGAAAUCGAUGCUGAGCAUUUGGUAAAAACCGAGUUGAAAUUUGAAAAGGCCGAGGGAGAUGAUGAGGUGAAAAUUAAUGGUGUUGUUGACCAGCUGGUGGAUUUCGAUGAUAAUUAUAAGAUAACCUUUGAUAUCUCCCAUUCAGACGAACAGGAUGGUGAAUACAAGACAGUGUUGAGCACCCCACAAAAGGGUAUAUGCGAAGUAAUGCAAACACAUUAUAAGAAAUUCUUUUACGAAAGUCUCAAGGAACAUUGUAAUGCUCCCGAUCCGGAUGUAUGCCCCGUGACCAAGGAGAAAUACGAAGUCAAAGAUUAUCCAUUGGAUUCAUCGAAAUUUCAAAAUUAUUUACGUCCUGGUUUCUAUCGUGUCGUUGCUACGGUACUGCACAACGAAGAGGAAGUACUGAAGUAUCGUGUCGAAUCCCACACGGAGGAGGAGGCGUGAAUGAAAUGAAAUAAUUUCAAAUUUUGUUUCUUUUUUUAUUUUCAAAAUAAAAAUCUAAAGGGGAGCCACACCA